UGUGAUAACAACAGUAGAUUAUAGAAGCGAAAAACAAAAACCUAACAUCUUAUUUCGAAAUCCCAAAUCCUGAAACCCUAACAACAUAGGAAUCGCAGCAAAAUGAGUAUUCGGAAAUUGAGCUUCGAAGAAUCACGAUCACUCUAUUCGCUCAUCAGAGAAGAUCAUCGUCCACUCAAUGAAAUCCUCUCCGAGUUCAAAUCCACCGUUCCCCACACUCGCCAUUUCACUUUCUGUUCAUACCUCGUCAUGAUCCUGCAGGACAAUAAGGUACUUAGCACUACUGAGCGAUUAAUAGCCUUUUCUCUGCUGGUUGAGGCUUAUUCAUCUCAAAAUCCGGCUUCAAAUCCCUUCAUAAACUUUAUCAUAAAUGCUUCCAGUCAUGAAGGGUCCAAAAAAGUUGAGAAAGCAUUUAUUCUGCAACUAUUAGGUGUUGAUGGCUUCCAUAAUGGCAAAGAGUUUCUCAACCAGUCGGCAUCAGAUUAUGUGACAAAAUUUGACCUGUCAUCGCAUGAGUUCCCUCCACUAGAUCAGUUGAAGCAGCAGUUUUCUGACAAAGUUCAUCAGGAACCAUAUCAUCAUUUAUUUAACGAUGGUUUUGUAAAAAAUGUAGUUCCUGACCCAGACGUUCCCCCUAAUUGUGAUACGGAUUCAUCAGAGUUUGAUCUGCGACCUGGAACACAGCCAAAACUUGGCACCGGAAAUAAAGGUGAAGCAGUGGUUGGCUUAUUGUCAAAUCUUUCACUGGAAGGGUUAAGUCCUCACUGGAUUAGGCCUCUUCCACCAAGGCUCCCAAUACUUGAUGGCGAGCUAGUUUGGGUCAACCCUAAUGGCAAACCCUUUCCAUCUGUGGUAAACCCUUUUCAGCUAUCUGGGGCCAACCCUAAUGACCACCGUGAGCUUAUUUGGGACUAUGGUAUGUGUGUUGAUACUAGUCGAGGGGCUGCAGUAAGGGACUUAAUUGCAAAAGCUCUAAAGGGAGCUCUUGCACCUGUACAGCAAGAGCAAGUCCUUAUGGAGGUUGCAAAGGAUCCAAAGAUUGUAUAUCACCUUGGACUGACACCAAGGAAGUUGCCGGAAUUGGUGGAAAACAAUCCCCUAAUUGCAGUUGAAAUUCUCGGUAAUCUGAUAAAAUCUCCGGACUUAUCAGCAGAAUACUUUACAGUACUUGUCAAUAUGGACAUGAGUCUACACUCAAUGGAAGUUGUGAACAGGCUUACAACAGCAGUUGAUCUGCCGUCCGAAUUCAUUCACAUGUACAUAACUAAUUGUAUAUCAUCUUGUGUGAACAUCAAGGAUAAAUACAUGCAGAACAGGCUUGUAAGACUUGUUUGUGUUUUCCUGCAAAGCCUGAUCCGGAACAAUAUUAUAAAUGCAGUUAAAGAUCUCUUCAUUGAAGUUCAAGCGUUUUGCAUCGAGUUUUCGCGGAUUAGGGAGGCAGCUACGUUAUUCAGACUUCUCAAGUCAUUGGAAUGAGUACUCUGUUAGCCUGUUACCUUUUUAAUCCUUUCAUGAGCUACCAAUUUCAAGACUUGUAUGUAGAUAUGUCUACCUGAUCUUGGUAGUGCAGUUGUUUACUUUCUCAUUGUGGAAAAUAAAGAUCAUCUUUAGCUUUACUUACAUUUAAUUAAGGUUAAAUUAAUGAUUUUUAUUUCUUACUAGAUUAAAUUAAUGAGUUAGAAUGAUAUAGAAAGAUCCUUGUAAUUUAUACUAUUUGUCAUUGUGGGUUAACUGUGUUAAUUUAUAUUUCAUGGACCUGCUCCAAUCAGAGAUGUGAAAUCUGAGCUGAGGGUGUAUGGAUUCUCUUUCACUAAA